AUGUCCAAACCCAGAGUUGCUGUUAUAUUAUAUUCGUUAUACCACCAUGUUUACACAUUAGCUGAAUCUGCCAAGAUUGGUGUAGAAUCGGCAGGUGCCAAAGCAGACAUGUUUCAAGUUAAAGAAACAUUGUCUCCAGAGAUUCUAAAAUUGGUUCAUGCUAAACCAAAGUUGGAUUUGCCUAUCGCUGAUAACAAGACUUUGACAGAGUAUGACGCCUUCUUGUUGGGUGUGCCAACAAGGUAUGGAAAUAUGCCUGCGCAAUGGAAACUGUUUUGGGAUGGAACUGGGUCUUUAUGGGCAUCUGGAGCAUUAAGAGGCAAACACGCUGGUGUAUUUGUUAGUACUGGAACCCCAGGUGGUGGACAAGAAACGACAGUCAUCAACACUUUGAGCACAUUGGCCCACCAUGGAAUUAUUUAUGUCCCAUUUGGCUAUGGAUUCGAAGGUCAAACCAAUUUGGAAGAGGUUCAUGGGGGAUCACCUUGGGGUGCGGGUACUUUUGCUGGCGCCGAUGGGCUGAGACAAGUUACUCAAUUAGAAAAAGACUUUGCCAAGCAACAAGGUCAUGAUUUUAUCAAGAUGAUUACCAAGUGGAAACAAUAA